UAACAAAAAUAUCUUGUGGUGUGGUGCUGUAUUGCUGAUUGCUGCUUUGGUCCGUGGAGUGCAUUGAAAAGUAAUCAUUUUCAUUUUUGCCAAUCCACUAUCCCAAAAAUUGAUCUACUCAUUUUUGGGUUGGGUGUUCUUAUGGAAUGUUGUUUUUUUGUGUACAAUAGCAGCAGCAAGAAAAAUUUAACUGGGGUGAUACAGGCUUGAUUUCCUUGUUUGCAUUUCAAAGAAACUGAUAAUAGAGGUUCCUUUUUCUAAUCUAACUUUUAACUGCAUAAUAACCAGUCUUUUGGUGUUAAAAUGGAAGGGGAAGGCAAUGAUUCGGUUAUACCUGGCUUAACUCAAGAAGUUUCUGAGGUUUUAAGUGUACAAAAUAAGGAUAGGACCUCUUCAGACAAUUCAGAAUAUGGUAGUGUGGAUAGCUUAAGUGAGGACGAACAACCUCCUAUUGCUAUUAAAGUGAGAUCCAAAGCAUCUGGUUUAGAUUCACACUCGGAAUCGGAAGGUAGUGUAAUUCUUCAAAGAGAAGAAGGAGAUGGUCAAGAGAGUCUCCCACAAAAGAAAGUUGAUGAUGAUGAAGAUAAAAAGAAUCCUCAAUAUAUUCCGAAGCGAGGGACAUUUUAUGAGCAUGACGAUCGGACAGCAGAAGAUGAUAAUGAAAACACUGAAGAAAAUGAGACCGAGAAGGCAGAAAAAGAAGGCAAGAAAAAAGUAUGGCAAGACAAAGGUGAAAGAUGGUCCCAUGAUCGAUUCAAUGAUAUGGAACAAGCACCGAAAUCGCGGGCAGAAUUAGUCGCCAUUUAUGGUUAUGAUAUUAGAAAUGAAGAUGGGCCUCCACGUGCCAGAAGGCGUAGGAGAUACGGUCGUGGUCCAAAUAAAUAUACUCGAAAUUGGGAAGAUGAGGAUGCAUAUGUGAAACCUCCCACUCCGCGUCAAAAAGUCACCAAAAAACCUGUUCAGCCUGAAACAGAGUUUCCACCUUUAGUUAGAGAAAAGAAGAAUCGUUCUAGGACAAAAUCUUCUGAUUCAAACGAAGGAGAUCCUUCAAAUUUUAAGGAAAAUGACGAGAAUAAAGUGCAAAAUGUAAAAUCUUUAGAGAGGCAAUCUUCAGUUCCCAAUGAAAAAAGAUCCAUUGAUAGGCAAACUAACAAUCAGCUAAGUAAUGAUGUUACUCAUAGUGACAAUAGAUCUAAUGUUUCUCCCAGAGUGGGUGGUACCGGACGAAUCGUGAAACCAAAUAGAGAAAUAAAGGAUUCCGAUUAUAAGGGAUUCACAACGAAAACGCGACAAACACGAGGCGUGCGCACCGAUAGCCAGAAAGUGCUGCCGCCCAGAAAAAAAGAAAACAAUUUCAUCCAGACCCAAAAUUUCACGAACAAAAGCAGCAACAACCACCAAAUUCAGGUGGCGGACAUGGAAAAAGAAAUAAACAAAUUAAGUUUGCAAGAGAAAAAUAACAAAACGGGGGCGGGGAAUUAUCAGCAGAGUAACAGACAAGGGGGCAGCGUGCCCCCACGUCUUCAAAAUCAAGCCGUGGAUCAGCAGAAGGGGCCGAAACGUUACAGUUCGAUGAGACAACGGUCUCUUCCCGAAACCGGCGCUACGCCUCCCGUUCCGCAACCUACAAAUUUCACUUUUUAUCCGAGCGAUUAUAAUUCUACGGCUCCGCCUCCUGCGACCACCCAACCGAUCCUGGCGGCUCAAGGACCCGUUGCCGUCUCGAGUGCACCGCCACCGCCACAAUUAAUUCCCGCAGCUUAUCCCCCUCCCCAAGCUUAUGCCCCGCAGGCACCGUCGGCGGCCGCUUUUCUACAGACCGCGCCGCCGCCUUUUAUAUCCGCACCGCCGACCGCGCCGCCCCCGCAAAUUGUCAGCUAUGUGACUCAAGCGCCCCCCACCUUCGUUCCGGGAUACCAGGGACAUACGUUUAAUACUGUGGUUCAGGCUCAGCCGACGGAUUUGUAUCAACCCCAGGGCGGCAUCACUUAUUACACCGCCGAACAGCAGGUGGUGCAGAGGGCGGCUCCCCAAAAGCGUGCGAAAGCCGCCAUCCCCAUUGUCGCCCCCCCGACCGAUUUUAAAGAAAAAGAGGAUUUUAAUACGGAAACGGCAUCGGCGGUACAAGAAUGAGACAGGUCAGGUCCGUGUUUUGCUUUUUUAGGAUAUAUCAUUUUUGUUUUCUUCAUUUUUUGCCUUAUAUUACGUAUUGAAGUAAAAUGUUCCAUUUUGGUUAAAUGGAGAAUUACCUUCUCCUUUCGUAUGUAAAGCCUAAACAAGUAUCAGUUGUCCACAUCUGAAAAGUAUAUUUUAUUUAUUAUUAGUGUAUUUAUUAAUAAUUUUAGCGUUUUUUUCGGUAAUUAGGCUGGUUUUUUUUGUUAAUUUGUUGCAAAUUGUAAAUUAAAAAUAUUAUGUAAAUAAAAUUAGUAAUUGUUUCAAAUUAAGUUAAAUUGUUUAUUAUAUAAUGACAAUAUAUCAUACGUUUAAAUAUUUUCCAUAAGAGUAGAAUAGGAAAUUGUUAUUUGUGGAAAUUUUUCUAAAAUCAAUAUUUAUUAUAAAUUAUUGUAAAAGUAGCAAGAAUAAACUUUAUAUAAUA